AGUCGAUCUUCUAGCUCAGUCAAGUCUUAAGCGCCCCUUGAGAGUUAUCCAUAACCGUGUUUACAAACAUACAUAUGUACAAAAGUUACAAAAUUAUCCAUACAUUACAAAAAAUUAGAUCCUGCCACCAUGUGGAAGACGCUAACUGGACUCUCUGGAAAUAGCAAUGCACCUAAAGCAACGUUUGGCUGUGGCGGGGAUGGAGGUUUCAUAAGUUCGCCAGGCGGGACGGGAAGGGUGGACGACUCGAGUGGUUCUGGGCCGCCCAAAAUUACACCAGGGCAAAAUUCCGGAGUAGGCGAUGGAGGUGAUGGAGGAGUAUUUAAUUCCGGCGGGGGCACGGGUUAUUACGAGAUCAAAAAGAACAACCUUAAAGAGUAGAUCCAGUUAAGGGAUUUGCUUAGUCGAAAAUGUUUAUGCUCAUUAAAUCCAUUGUUUACAUUAUUUAAAUAUGAUUCAUGUUCUCCCGCUGUUUUGUAAUUCCAUUUAAAUCUGAGGUAAAAUAAAAUAAAUAUUAUUUAUUUACUAAGCAAA